GGCGAGGGGCUCUGGCUACCGAGAAGCUUCCCUCCCUGCCCUUCCUCGCGGGCGUUCUGACGGUUGGUGACCGUUGGGCGCGCGCGCUGCGGCUCUCCCCCCCCCCCCCACCUCCAGCAAGCAAGGAAACUGUCGCGUCGCCUCCUCUUCAGUUGAGGAGAAGGCGGAGGAUGGUGGUGCCGCUCCGCCCGGCUUCAAAACCCUCCCUGUCUUCUGGCUUCGUGCUGCCGCAACGCCGGGGAUUGAGAAUGCACAACCGACAAUGCUAGGAUUACAAUGGGAAGUGCCACACUUCGCUAUUUCUGCUAUGGCUGCCUCUUCACUUCUGUGACUUGGACGCUUCUGCUUUUUAUUUAUUUCAACUUCAGUGAAGAGACCCAAUCUUUCAAGUAUGUGCCCAUCAAGGGGUUUGAGCCUCAGAAGCCAUUUCCCAAAAAAUUCUAUCCCCGUUUCGUUCGUGGGUCAGUCCAUGUACCUGAGCCUCAGCACAAAGACAGUAAUCCAUUAGGAAAUGGUGCAAAGAAUUCUGUUGAAGGUGAUGCUGAAUUUUCUCCUGAAAUGGGAAUGAUUUUUAAUGAACAAGACCAGGAAGUAAGAGACUUGGGCUAUCAAAAACAUGCCUUCAAUAUGCUCAUCAGUAACAGGCUGGGAUAUCACAGAGAUGUGCCAGACACAAGAGAUCCAAAGUGUAAGGAAAAGAGUUACCCUCCUGAUUUGCCACACGCUAGCAUUGUAAUAUGUUUCUAUAAUGAAGCACUUUCUGCCUUGCUCCGGACAGUUCAUGGUGUCCUAGACCGCACUCCAUCAUAUCUUCUCCAUGAAAUUAUCUUGGUGGAUGACAACAGUGAAUUAGAUGACCUGAAAGAACACUUGGGUGUUUAUAUAUCAAAAAACCUUCCAAACAAAAUAAAACUAGUCAGAAAUGAGAAACGAGAAGGAUUAAUUCGAGGGCGAAUGAUUGGAGCCUCCCACGCUACAGGGAAGGUGCUCGUGUUCCUAGACAGCCACUGUGAAGUGAACAAGCUGUGGAUCCAGCCUUUGCUGACACCUAUCCGGGAAUCACGCAGAACAGUGGUUUGCCCUGUCAUUGACAUAAUCAGUGCGGACACCCUGACCUACAGCUCUUCCCCAGUGGUCCGUGGAGGGUUCAACUGGGGCCUGCAUUUCAAAUGGGAUCUUGUUCCUUUAUCUGAACUGGAAGGCCCUGAGGGAGCCACUUCUCCAAUCAAGUCACCUACAAUGGCAGGAGGCUUGUUUGCUAUGGACAGAGAAUACUUCAAUGAACUUGGACAAUAUGAUAGCGGCAUGGACAUCUGGGGAGGCGAAAACCUGGAAAUAUCAUUUCGGAUCUGGAUGUGUGGGGGCAAACUUCUCAUUAUCCCAUGUUCCAGAGUGGGGCACAUCUUCCGUAAGCGUCGUCCUUAUGGCUCACCAGGCGGACGGGACACCAUGGCGCAUAAUUCAUUGCGUCUAGCACAUGUGUGGAUGGAUGAUUAUAAGGAACAAUAUUUUGCCCUAAGACCAGAACUAAGAAAUAGGAGCUAUGGCAAUAUUACUGACCGUGUCGAGUUGAGGAAAAAACUGAACUGCGAGUCGUUUAAGUGGUACUUAGACAAUAUAUACCCAGAGAUGCAAAUUUCAGGACCCAAUGCCAAACCACAGCCUCCAGUCUUUUUUAAUCGAGGGCAGAAACGACCCAAAACACUUCAGCGUGGACGGUUCGGUGUCUGAACAGCUGUGAAGGAGAAUGGGUGAAACAGAAAGGAAAAUGGACUGCUGGGUUGAAGAGGCCAGAGAAACCGAGGCGGAACUAGAUGGAGUACUGAUGAUCCUAGAGGAAAGAGGGGGAUGGGAUGGGAUGGGAUGGGAUGGGAUGGGAUGGGAUGGGAUGGCUGAAAAGCCAUGAAAGCUCUGGGUCUAGCGUAAGAUAUCUGUUGGGACCUGAGCUGAGAUCUGUUGCCUUUACCCAGCUGAACUGAUUUCUCUGCCUGGAUGUCAUUUUUCUAAACAGUGAUGUAAAUGGGUAAGAAUUGGUUAUGUUCUGGAUAACAUGGCUCAAACUAGAUUGUUCUGGGCUAGAGAGAAUCAGGUAAAGAACUUCCUCUUGGUUCAGUUAAAUAUUAAGAAUAUUGGAUAAUGUUUUCGUUGGAAUGUAGGGAAUGGGAUGAUAACUUACAGGUUCAAUGUUGUCUGCUCUAGAUAGUUAUUACACCAGGAAAGAAGGGGCACUAAAAUAGAGCCCAUUUAGACAUGGCCAGCCCAACCCAGCAGGGAGAUGGCGGCGAAAGGACUUGUGGAAUUGGCACGGGCUUGCACCAAUGUGGGUUCCCACCUCGCUGCUGCAAGUGGCAAAUGCGCCUGCGGGGCAGGGUAAAGAGGAUGACAGGCCGGCGCCGCACAGCUUGGUGGCGCCCAAUCUGAAAAAGAGCUGAGGCCUCAGAGCUCUGCCGGCCUAAACCUGACCAUCAAUGCAGCUGGGGGAGGGCCUGGGACGUUCCUGGGGCAGAGCCAACUGUAGUUGGCUUCCACCGGGUUUUCAACCCAAGGGCACACCCAAGCGUAACCCUCAGACUUAUGCCACUCAAAAGGUUGAUGUAAGUCCGUUUUUGGCUGUGGAGGCUUUUGAGGUGGCCAGGGUUUUCCAGAUCCUUGCUACACUGCUUGGAAUCCCUCAGGAGGUGGUGCAGCAACUCUGGAUUGGGCUAUAAGUAACUAAAAGCCUAUCAGGGAAAACAUGUGCAGACUUACUCAGUCUUCUGAGAGCAUAGAUUUCACUGGGCUUAGAAUAACUGCAUCAGAUUGAACUACAGAAAGCUCACACUGGUGCUGAUGGUAUUCACUUUAGAGCAGACUGUGCUAUUACUAAUAUUUAUUUGUAAAAUGUUUAUUGUACCACAGUAAAAAUAAUGUAAAGAAAUAAAACCAAACAAAAUAUACUUAAUACAUUCUACAUGUAAUACAGUCACAGAGCACUUGAACCUGAGUGCUGAAUCUGCUGUUUCAGUAACGGUACAUUGGUCAUUGUUUAUUGUGCUGCCUUUCAAGAGCUGAGAAUCAAGCUAGAAAAUAAAAUUGUUGCAAUAUGCA